CUGCUCCAGCUGUGUGUGUAUGUGUGUGUGUGUUUGAGUGUGCGAGUGCGAGUGUGUGUGUGCCCGCCGGUGUGCGUGCCUACGUGCCGCUUCCUUUCCGCUCGCCCUCGCGCUCAAUGUUGCAACCACCAUGACAGGCAUCGCCGCUGCCUCCUUUUUCUCUAAUUCGUGCCGUUUCGGAGGCUGCGGGCUGCAUUUCGACUCCCUGGCGGAGCUGAUCGUCCACAUCGAGGACAACCACAUCGAUACAGAUCCUCGAGUGCUUGAGAAACAGGAGCUGCAGCAGCCCACAUACGUCGCUCUCAGCUACAUAAACAGGUUCAUGACGGAUGCAGCGAGGAGAGAGCACGAGACUCUGAAGAAGAAAGUUCAGCCAAAGCUGUCCCUGUCUCUGACAGGCAGCCUAUCACGUAACAGCGUGUCCACUCCGCCCCGACACACCAGCGGCAACCUCACUCCACCCGUGACACCACCUAUUACACCCUCAUCUUCAUUCAGGAGCAGCACUCCCACAGGUAGCGAGUACGACGAGGAGGAAGCAGACUAUGAAGAGUCUGACAGCGAUGAGUCUUGGACCACCGAAAGUGCCAUUAGCUCCGAGUCCAUCCUCAGCUCCAUGUGCAUGAACGGAGGCGACGAGAAACCUUUCGCCUGCCCCGUGCCUGGCUGCAAAAAGAGAUACAAGAAUGUGAACGGUAUCAAGUAUCACGCCAAGAAUGGCCACCGCACUCAAAUCCGUGUGCGCAAGCCGUUUAAAUGCCGCUGUGGGAAAAGCUACAAGAGCUCGCAGGGCCUGCGCCACCACACCAUCAACUUCCACCCGCCCGUCUCCGCUGACAUCAUGCGCAAGAUGCAGCAGUAGAGCGGGCCUCCGUGCCAACCCGAUCCUUCACGCAUAUGUUCCAUCAUUAGCUGUUGCUGACUGCAUUUGAUACCUGUUUUCCGCUUUGUUUCUCUUUAAUCCUCCUUGUCCUCCACGAGGAAGACCCUGUCCCCUCAUUCCACCUCUCCUUGAGGAAACUUGUACCCCUUCAUUUAACUCUUCCAUAAGGAAGACUCUUUCACUCUCGCCAUCAUUUCAUACCUCAUUUAGGAGGUUUUCUUUAUCAUCCCUGCGCAUUCCAUCUACUCCUGUGAAGAGUAAACGCUUUUACCCUCUUAAUUCCAGGAGCUCCUGUGCUCCCUUUACACUACGCUUUGAAUUGCAUGCAUUUGUUUUUUUUGUAUCCUGUUAUCUGUUCUGUGUCUAUUUGAGAUGAUGUAUAAUAGUAGAGUUUGCAGUUUUGUACUUUUGCACAUUCAAUUAUUAUUCCUUUGCUGUCUUGUAUUACUAUUGACUUAAGGUGCUUAUUGUAAAAAUUAUUGGGACACGUUGAGAUAGGACAAGGCUUGGCAUCACUAUGGGACGAGUUCCCAACAGUUGCUGCCACUACAUGGGGCAGCAUGUGAUGCGUGUCAAAGCCACAACAUCAGAAUUCAACCAGCAUGAUUAUUUUGGCUUCUGACAAGAGAAAAGGGCAACAAAAAAAAAAAAAAAGGAAGGGCAGAAAAUUUCUGACAGUUUGUGCUACCCAAUAAGAAUAUAUCCAACAUUUUUAGUUGUAGAUUAUAAUAAGUACAUAUAGACUUUCAUAAUCCAAUAUUAAAUAUAUCCUUUUAUUCCCACGCUUUUAUUUGUUUGCAUAUGCAGUUUUUAAAAAAUGAUACCAGGCUAAAGAUUAAUUUUUGGAGUUUACUUUAAUGGUAAAACCCAUAUUUUUCAUCCUUGGACAAAUCGUGUUUUACACCUAUUUACAAUCUCAGGUGACAGAUUGCCAGCAUUUCAGACACAUUAUCUUGCCCAUGUGGUCUAAUGGUAUUUUUUUAUACAGCUGUUACACGGGUCCCAGGCCAGCUGUGGCUGGUUGUUCUAGAACCUCUGGAGCAUUCUAGAACACCGCAGCUGAAUCCAUUGCCUGUUAAAGGACCUAAAGCACUUUGUAGCACCUAGUUGCCAACCUAGUUAGGAAGUUUCCAUUGCCAACACAUCAGCGACUGCGGAGAGCAAACUGCGAGUCACUGUGUCAAAUCUACACACUGACACACUGCUAUUGGGGUUAGGAGUACUUGUACUCUUCUUUUUAUUUUCAAUCUAGGGGUUUUCUUUUCUUUUCUGUUCUCUUUCAUCAGAGCCCCAAAGCAUGUGUUAGUUUUAAGGUCGUUGUAACUGAUUGCCUUGAACUGUUGUAGACCACAGCUUUGGUAUAACAAGUCAAUCCAAUUCAAUUGGGAUUCCAACAAGUCAAUUGGGUUUUUGUCCUUCACCGGCUGAGCUCUGACGUUUUCCGAGCCACAUUUCAGACGGACACAUGACAGUUAUUGUACUUCCCAAUAUUAAAACUACAGCAGAGCAGUUGCCCAUCACCUUCUUUGGUGGCCUUCUGCAUCAACCGUGUUGUUUUGCUAAUGUGGCAGUAGGAUAACUCAGGGAUGUCCUGUCCUAGAGUUAGAACUUAAUUUUUCUGCCUUUUCUGCUUGAGUCAGACAGGAGCAGACUUCUGAGUACCAGCAGUUAUCUGGCAUUAAAAUAAAUAGAAUAGUUAUAUAUUACAAAAUCAAUCACCCGACUCUGGGAGGUAUUAGAAGUAAAACGAGAAGAGUUGGCAGAGUAAGCCCUGAUCAAGAGCCAAGCUGCCAAUCACCCAUGAUCAUGACAUUCUAACUGCAUGGACAUCAAUGUUGUAAUGGAUUUAUCUGUUUGACAGUAUUAUACUGCCAGUCUAGAGGGAAGUAUUGGACAUGUUGUGCAUAGUUUAUGUAUUAUGUAUCUGUGUAAGUGCAUUAAAUUAUAUUUUCAUACAUUUGUGGGGUGGGGGGGGGAUUCCUACAUGUAAUGCUAUUGACACCAGGGUUUGUUUUUAAACUGGUGAACUUUCUUCAACAAAAAUGGAAAAGAAAAAAACUGACAAAAAAGCUGCUUCAUAAAUGUACACCUGGUUACAAGUUAAAUAUUAAAUGGCCUCUGAUGUGUUUUGAUAA